AUGUCUCAGUCAUCCAAAUCCCCCUCUCCCAAGACUGCAUCUGACUCGGACUCAAGAACUCCAAAUAUCAACCCUAAUGAAGUUCUUGCAGUUGCUCCCCUGAGAAUGGUGUCCGCUGAAAAUCUUCGUGUGAAGAAGCCUCGCUCUCCACAUGCAAGAAGACCAAAAGAAGCAGUACGUGGCAAAACCUCUAACCCCUCGCCGUCUAGUGAUCUUGAGAACCUAACAAAGGAAGGAUCACAGUAUACUCAUCAGGCUAUUGCGCAAAUAGUCACUAGAAUCUUGGAUGAACAGCGUCAAGUUCUUGGAAUUUCUGUACCUCUACAGACUGUUACUGAUGAAGAAAAGAAUGUUGAAGCUGUUGAUGUCGCUAAGGAUGUCACUGACACCAGAGAGGAUGCUCCCAAUGGUGAUUCGGGUAAGAAUGUUGUUGAUCUGGAUGAGUUCUCUGAUAAUGAUCUGGUUGCUAGUGUAAAUCCCAGCAUAGUUAAAAGGCUCAUGACUAGGAAAGGUAAGAAAGUAGUUGAUCAGAAUCCUUCCAAGAGGAGAAAUGUUCCUGUUGGACCUUCAAAGUCUUGGAGCAAAGUUAUUCCAAAGAAGAGGAAAGCUCAAGUCAUGGACGACUCUGAUUCUGAUGUUGAAGUAGAUGUUCAAGACAUUCCACUAAAGAAGAAGCCUACUUCCAGCAAGCUUGCUGCUAAAGUCCCUGAUGUGCCCAUAGACAAUAUUUCCUUCCAUUCUACUUUAAGUGUCAACAGGUGGAAAUAUGUCUACCAAAAGAGACUGGCCAUUGAGAGAGAAUUAGCUCAGAAUUAG